AUGGUCGCCGACGCUCAAACUCACGCUGAACAAAACCCUGGACUUGACACCAAACACGAUGCCGCUGGUGCCAAGCACCCCGAAACCGGAGGUGUUGGUAACCCCCAAACUGGAAAAGACUUCGAGAUUGCCCCUCCUGAUGCUCACUCUCGACUUGAUCGAAAAGACGAGCGAUCUCACCCUAACGCACUUGAAGAUGCUCACCGAGUAGAACAACUUGAAAAGGAAGCCGAAGAAGCACAUCAAGAAGCUUUACGACACCCUACUCAAGCCGCUUUGGCUCACGGCAACAAACCUUCUUCCGGUGCUGUCAAGGAUGAACAAAUCAUGGAUGACGAAGAAGAGGAAUUGAGAAAGAAAGAUGAAGCUAAAAAACAAUCUGCUGAAGCUCACAAAUCCAAACAUCAUUAA